CCCGCCGCGCCGCGCGCACCCCCGCACAGCUCCCCGCCCGCGUCCUAUCGCGCCGCCGCCGUGUUGAUAAUUUGUGAAGUAGCGAACGACAAGGAUGUAUGUAUACGUAUGUCUCGUCUUUCAGUUGACUUUCAUCGUCGUUUUGUAGCGAACGUUUCGCACGGAUUUUGAUAGAAAAUUGCAUUGCUUUAUUAGCUGCGUAAUAAAGACAGUGCACGUUUUUUCGCUAUAAUAACUAGUUAUAAACGUUUUAAUACACUUCUUACCUUACGAUAUACAAUAUAUUUAGUGUGCGAUUCGGAAAUCUGUUAACAAAUUAGCGUCGCGGCAAGCGUGGCGCAAUGCAGUGUGUGUUUGGGUGCGGAUACAGACAGUGUUGUUUGAAGUUAAUUCGGGGAGACGUUUAUCUCGACAGCGGUUGUAGUGAGUGGUCCUGGAUUACCCUGUAGCGAUGCUGCCCAUGGUGCAAGCGGAACCUGUGCUUUUCAAUUCCGCUGGCCAGUCCGUCGAUGGGGCCCCUCCGCCCGCUACAUUGCCACCCUCCCUUAACUCGGACUCCGACGUCGAAGAACUAGUUGACAUAUUUUUUGACAUUGAUGUUGCUGUGAAUACUCUCCAAAGAAUUGAAUCCUGUGAACUCCAACCGGGAGACACAUGGAGGGGGAUGCAAGGCAAGAUGAGCGUGACAACGCCGGUUAAGAAGAUAAGAAAAAAGUCAGACAAUAAGCCACAAUCACAAAUAAAUAAGUGUCACAACGAAAAAAGGCGGCGGGAGCUGGAGAACGAGACCAUAAAUCAGCUCGAGGAGCUUCUAGGCACCUGCUUGGCGGAAUUAAAGCAGCCGGAUAAGAACGGCAUCGUACGCGAGGCGACGCGCGAGAUCCAGGCGAUCUUGAGGCGCAGGCGCGACUGCCCUGGCGAGUGCCCGCUGCGCCGCGCCGCGCGCCGCUCUCCCGUGCAGGCCGGCGAAGUCAGCUCCACACAGCCGCAGCCUGCCGCCGGCCCCCACGGCGCCUCCGCCGGCUUCUAUUACAACGGCUUCAACACUCUCAUCGAAGCUCUGAAACAUUACACUAGCAGUCUGGGCUGGGUCCUAUUAGAAAUAAAUACUAAUGGGGAAAUCAAAUGCGUGUCAGAAAAUAUAAAAGAUCUCAUUAAUGUCGACAGAACUGAAUUGUACAAGAAAUCGAUCUUUUCACUUCUACACGAAAGCGAUCAUGCGAAAUUGAAACCUUUACUAAGAAAUUCGCAGUCGUUGGUUUGGGAUACGGGGAAUAUCGACAAAUUACAAGCCACACAAGUUCAUCUUCUUAUCAAAAGUCCAAAUGCUAGUGACGUUACUGGCAGGCUGGUGGACGCCGUGAUCCACGCUGCGCCGGUACGCGGCUCGUGCCCGGAGGAGGCCGGCUCCGUCAUGUGCGUCAUCCGGCGCUGCGAGGACGCGUCGGCCGCACUUCUCCCAGUCGACGGCGGCCCGCCCGCCAUCACUAACAAACUCCCGGAGAACAUCAUCUUCAGACUAGACUGCAAAUAUACUAUUUUAUCUUGCGAUUUAAGUGGAGUGGAAAAUUGUAUAAACUCUCCCCUGUCACUUGUGGGUGCUUGUUAUUUGGAACUAGUCGAUAGCAGUGAUCGUAUUCGCGUAGCCGCGCAUUUACAAGAGGCCCUGUGCGGAUCCGGGCCGCCGGUAGUGAGUGCGCCCUUUCGGUUACGCGUUGCCGCCGAUAAACCUCCCUUCAGAGUCAGUGCUCUAUCGCGCCUCUUUAAGGCGCAAUCGACCUCGGUCGAAACCGACUUUAUAAUGUCGACGCACACCGUACUCGGAGACGAAGAAGUCGACCUCUUGGAUGUCGCCGGUUCCAGACCGCCCGUUGGCGGUCCGCUGAUGACUUCCGUCGCGAACGGGGAAUCCUCCGGCUGCGAGACGCGAUAUCGCUCCUCUAUGAGUCCCCCGGAUGGCCAAUUUUCUAUCAACGAUUUCGAUCUCGAAUCUUGGACCCCGGGCUUUCAAAUCGGAGAAAUGUCCUGCGAAGAUACAAAGGACAGAAAAGAGGUGGCCGGUGAAGAAUCGAGCACCCCGCCAGCGCUACGGGCGCCUCCGCCCUCCAACGAGGGAUCGCAGUCCUCCGCUCCGGGCGAGGAGCACAAUCGUCUUCGCAGCUUGCUCAGUAAAAAAACUGGCAUCUCCGAUUCUGUAAACUCGAACAAUCGUAUUCUAAAAGAUCUGCUCAACCAAGAGGACGAGGAGGCGACCAGCAGUGAGACGUCGGCGCCGCACACGCCGCACACGCCUCAUACCCCUCACACGCCGCACACGCCCCACACGCCGCACGCGUCGGGCACGGCGCUGUCCCCGCUGCACACCGCGCAGGCGCAUGCGCGGCCGCUGGCGCCCCACGGGCCGCUCACGCCGCACACGCCACACACGCCGCAGACGCCGCACGCGGCCCACACCUCCCACACCACGCACGCCGCACACGCGCCGCACGCACAGCACGCGCCGCACGCGAUGCCGCAUCAGCCCUCGCCACACAACAUGCAGCAACCUCAUCAUAACAACUCGGAAGUUUUACUCAGGAUAUUAAAAGAAAAAUCCGAUGAAGAUAAUGAGGAAAAUCGAAGAAACGCUUCGGAUAGCACUCGUGGAACUUCACAACCGUGCGCCUUGCUCUCUCAGUUACUUUCGCCCAGCAACGGGCCCUCCGGCAACGGCCGCUCCCAGGACACCAGUGAUAACUACCUCGAAAGAAUCGGAAUGAAGCGAAAGUAUGAGGAGAAUAAGACGCCCACAAACGUUAAGAGAGCUACGCCUGACAACCAACAGGUGACUUCGAGCGCGGCCCCUGUCGCCUCAUCAGCCGCCUCCUCGACGGCGGCGAGCCCUGCCACCAGCAGCAGCAACUCGCAGCGGCCACUCCGCCAGAAGAACCAGAUUCUUGUGGCGCUGCUGGAGCAGGCAACGCCCUUCCCCACCCCCAACCUGCGUGGCUACGACCCGGUGCCGCGCCCGCGUCUUCCCCACAUACCGCAGCACCAACACCAUCAUUCCACAUUAACUAAUAUGAUCCCUCCGCAUAGUCGAGCUAGUAACGUGAACGGCGGCAACGUGGGCCCGGUGACGACGAGUGUGGGCAACGUCGCCAACGUGGGAAAUGUGGGCAACGUGGGGGUGUCGGGCAACGCGGGCAGUGCGACUUGCACCACGGCCAGCAUGAGCGUGCCCAGCCACCUGCAGAUGGUGCUGCAGAGCUCGCGCGCCGGCUACCCGCACUCGCCCACCGCCGCGCACUACGCCAACACCGCGCCGCACCACGCCUACAAUAGUCAGCCUUCGAACGACAACUCGCGAAGUCAAGCGAGCUCUGGCGGCGGUAGCGGUGGCGGCGGCGGCGGCGGCGGCGGCGGCGGGGGCGACACCGACGCGCCCAGUGACCUGAUGCUGUCCUACAUUUUGGACGAGGUGAUAGAGAACAUGCCGUACGCUGACCGGCCCGCGCCCGACGUUAACGUUCUCAUGAACAUGGAGAAUCGACAACUCAGAUCCGAAUUCACUGGUGUGAAAGAAAAGAAUGCGGUGAUCAACGCAAUAACCCAAAGUCUGAUGCAGUACGAAGCGGUUUCCAAAAUCCCCGUGUCUUCCAGCCCAGGAGCACCCCCAGUGUACUCUGUGCAGAGUCCGAUAUCGUGCAACAUGGGCAGCGGCAACAGCGGGAUGUACGGCAUGGGGCGGGGCGAGGACUCGCGCUCCCUGGUGGAGCAGCACCGCGUGCGUCUGCUGCACCAGCAGCGCUCGCAGCAGAUGCUCGUCUCGCCCGAGGCGACGGAGCAGUCGCAGGCGGACCUGGGCUCCACGAUCAACGCGCUCGUCUCCAACGCCACGCCCCCCAACGUCGCACUCACGCGCACCGACUACCAUCAUGUAUAUCAUCAAAAUCAAAUGGGUUCAAAUUACGGUACAAAUAAAAUCCCUACGUCUCAACAAAAUCCAAUGCUUAGCCGACAGCUUGGUAGCUCCGGUCCGGGGUCGGGGUCUGGGUCUGGGUACGCGCACUCUGCGGCGGCGCUGCACACGCCGCUCGCGCACCAGCCCUACCACCGUGCGCCGCGCCCCCCGCACGCGCCGCACCCACCGCACCCCCCACACCUCGUGGGUGGCUACUAUGAGGAGAGCGAGGCGAGCGGCAGCGGGUACUGCGCUGAGUACGGGCGGCGCGGCGCGCACGGACCGCACGCCGCGCACGCGCCGCACCCCCCGCACCCGCCGCACCCGCCACACCCCCCGCACCCGCCGCAUCCGCCGCACGCGCCGCACGAACAACACAUGUCCUGUUCAGGCACUGGCUGCGUGUCGGGCGGUGUGUCGGGCGGCGUGUCGGGUGGCGUGUCCGGGGGCGUGGCGGGCGGCGCGGCGGGCGGCACAUCUGAGUACGUGCGCAACGAGCUGCGCGCGGUGGUGGGCGCCCGCUCUGCGCGCCCCGACAUGCACGCGCCCAUGCAUGCGCCCGAGAUCGAUCAGCUGCUCACCUUCGACAUGGCCGCCUCCGGUGGCGGCGGUGUGGUGGGGGGCGCGGCGCCCUCGGCGUCCGCCGGCUCGUGGGACUCGCCACAGAGCACACCGGUAAGCUUGGGACGCGGGCGCGGCCAGCGGGACCAUAUCACAUACCUACCACACCUUUCUCUAUCGGUUUUUAUUGUUUUGUAGAUCUACAUACCUAUGAUAUUGCGUAUUGAGUCUGCUCUGCUGCGUGUGUUGUCAAAUCGACCAUAUUGUUAAUUAGAAGCUGUUUUCACGGAAAUGUGCCAAAAUCUACCGAACUCUAUUUCUUUUUAAAAUUAAAUCUAAUCCUUGUAUUUGUUGUAUUUUACUGCAAAAUGAGAUCUUUUAAAGCAAUGUAAGAAUACAGUUUUCUUAUUUGUAUUAUUAGUACGCGGUUUUUAUUGGUACAUUUCCAAUCUUUUUACCGAAGCUUUUGUGAUGUGAUGUCUAAUACUACUUCUUACAAUAGUGACUAUCAAAUAUAUGCGUACUGCGCAUUUUCAGAUAUUUCUUUCGAUAAAGAAGUUGUUGAAAAUGUCGUCAAAACAUUCGCUUUUAGGGUUUUGUACCAGUUGAAAUCUAAGCUUUUUUUUAAGUGAAGGGGUAAUUCGCAUGCGUAGUGGAGUGUGGUGAAGGUUUUAACAUAGUAUUGUAACUAAUAAAGUGAAAAAUCGUUUGAUUUUGCAAAACUUGCUUAUUAUUUGCUUUUAUAAUGUUAUAGCAUACGAAUUAUUUCAUUGAGUGCAGUAUUAUUAUAUAAGACGAUGCAUGACUACAUUAAUGAUUCUUGAAGGGCUUUUACAAUUAGAUAAUACGAGGUUCAAUCAAGUAACAAGAACACUGCUUACUAAUUCAAUAGUUGUAACAAAAUAAAUCUUGACUCUGACAGAUAUGAACAAUGUAAACCGUUACAAUAGAGUCCACACGUUUUUAAAAUACCAAAACAAUGUCGAAUACAUCAGGUCCACAAAAACCUACAGAUCCUACAAGGAUGCAAAGAUUUUUGAUAAUAUUUGUCUUUUGUUUUCUAUGUAAUUUGAUCGAUUCUCGUAAAUUUAUUAUAAUGCCCUAGUUUUAAUCACUUUCGCCCAUAGACUUCAUUUGUAUUAGAGUUUCAAUACUUAGACGAAAAAAGGUCUGUCUCAACUUGUAAGGUUGCGGUUGUGUGUCUUUUUUAAUCCGCUUCCAAUACUUGUCGUUUUAAACGACAUAAAAAUUAUUUAAUGUCUACAGCCGAUAUGACAAUAAUACUACAACUAAAAAUUUUACCUUGCAGGUUUAGAUGUACUUUUGAAAAGUAAAAGCCGCGCAAUUGAUUUUGUGGUUGGAAUAGGAAACCAAACUCAUUUAAAACAUAACUGCACUAAAACAAUAAAAGUUAAUAAACAAUAAUUUAAUGAGCCAGUGAGGCAUCGAUACGAUUUUGUAUUUGUAAAAUGUGGCUAUUUGUCAUUGUGAUAUAAUGUUAAAUGCAAUUCAAUGUCAACAUAGUCAUGUAAUGAAUUUCUAAUUAGGAUCUUUGUCAUAAGCAAUGUUAUCAAAAAAAGUGGAUGCGUCACAAGCGUUAUUUAUACAUCUGUAAUGAAAUGACAUAGCGCUUACUAAGAGAUUUUAUUGAAUGUGAUUAUUUGAUGUCCAGAGUACUACGGAGGCGGGCUCGGCGGCGGGCGGUGAUGAGGCGGCG